UUUACAUUGCAUUCAUCUUACAGCUUAUGUCCUCUUUCUAUAGUUUCCUUCUUAUUACAGAAAAGAAAAUACUCUUGUGUAAAUUUAUAUUUUAAAAUAAAAAUUUUGAAAUGAUGUUUUUCAGUCCUACUGCUUGAAAGUGAAAGAGAUGGAUGAUGAAGAAUACAGCAGUAUUGUAAGUAUAAUCAUUGUUUGAUAUUAUUGUCAAUUUUGUCUGCUUCAGUUCUGUACUGAAGCAAGGGGUUGGCAGAAUAAGUCCAAGAAUCAGUGUUUAUAUGCCGUCUCUAGAUCCUAGUGGUGAAAUAAGGCAAGGUGAGAACAUCAAGCAGACAUCCGCACAAGCCAAAGCAUAUAUAUUUGCCAAAACAUACUAAGACCUAUUAACUUCAUUGUCUUGUUCAACAUCAUUCCAUGUUAACUUUUUGCCUUUGAUCAAACUCUCCUGAAUUCAUUCUGGUGACUUAAUACCAAAUCUUCAGUAUUAGUAAUGUUUGUGCGCACUGUGUUCUGUUAUGUAGGCACUGGGAGAACCUUUAUAUCGUGUUAGUACUGGUAAUUAUGAAUAUCGUUUAAUCCUGCGGUGUCGGCAGGAAGCACGUUCACGCUUUGCAAGGAUGCGAAAGGAUGUCUUGGAGAAAAUUGAACUUCUUGACCAGAAACACGGUGAGUUCUCUGUUUUAGUCUUCAGAACAUUUAAAUUACUUUCUGUUCAUGGCGAUGAAGAUGAUGUGAUUAUAAUACUCUGUUUGCAAAGCCUCAUGUGCUGAUUCACACUUUAAAGCGUAUCUGUCAUUUUCCAUAUUUCAUAAUAAUAUAAUCUUUAUGAAAUACUGAUUAAGACUGCUUUGGAAUUUCAUGGAAAGUACAACGUCAUCCAACGAUUUCAUGGUAAAACCUAUGGUUGACAAAAGGCAGAGCUCCACCGUCAACCUUUGUAAAAUCCCAGCAGCAGCCACCAAUGACAACUGUGGGAUUCAGUCUCUGUCUGUCUGUGGAGGAUCUUGCUGGAACCUUCAUAUACCUCAGUGUUGUACACUUGUGCAUGUGCGAAAAUGUGUAAUGGGGGUGCAAUGAAAUGCCAAGAGCAGAACAGGACUUGCAACAUGAAAAUAGACAGCCUGAGGUAAUGAAAACUCCACACCCAUGCUCCCGUGUUCGCCGAACCCACACCAGAUCUAUAUGUUGACAGAUACUCUUUAAGGUUAUGUACACUCACAUCAAACAAAUUUGGAGAUGCAUUUUCGUAAUGUGAGUACAGUAUAUACUCGAGUAUAAGUCUAGUUUUUCAGCACAUUUUUUGUGCUUAAAAUCCCCCCCCCUCGACUUAUACUCGAGUCACUGUCUGUAUUAUGGCAACUUAGAGAGCAGCGGCCGUCAGAGCCAUGGCAACGAUCCGCGCGGCAACCAUACCGCGAGACUUACAGUGGAGCUGACCGGAACGGAGGAGAAGGGAGCUGACAGGAGCUGCAGGAAAGGUAAGUAAAUGCUUCCUGCCGGCCCCCCCACUUCACAGCCCAUGCCACUGGACCACCAGGGAUUAAGAUAGCCCCCCUCCCUGACCAGUUAACAAGCAGGGAGGGAGGGACAAAAAAAAAAUUAAAAUAAAAAAAUAAUAUUAAAAUAAAAAAUUUAAAUAAUAAAAAUGCCCUCCCCCCACCCAGUUCACACACACUACACAAACACACACUCUGCAUUAUAUACACACUCUGCAUUAUAUACACAGUGUGUAUAUAUAAUGCAGAGUGUGUGUUUGUAUAAGUGUGUGUGUGUAUAUAAUGCAGAGUGUGUGUUUGUAUGAGUGUGUGUAUAUAAUUAUAAAAAUCACAGAAUUUCAUAGCCCCAAGUUUUACCCUCGACUUAUCCACGAGGCAUAGCAUAUUUCACGAUUGUUGGUCACAAAACUGCACUCGACUUAUACAUGAGAUCGACUUAUACACGAGUAUAUACGGUAAGUAGCUUGUUGCAUAACAACAUUUCGUUACAAAUCUCCUGUGUUUGUGAGGUGAAUAAGCAAUAUUUAACUUUCCAUAACCGUCACUGAUGAACAUAUAUAUGUAUGUGAACGCGUGCAAGUGUUCGUAUGCAUAUAUACAGGUUUAUGUAUGUAUGUGUGUGUGCACAUUUGUACAUAUGUAAGUAUAUGUAUUGGUUCAUGUGUAUGGAUGUAUGUAUAAGUGUGCAUAGAUAUCUAUUUGUGCAUUUGAGUGUAUUAAUAUGUAUAUCAAUGUGUAUGUACAUUGUAUACAUGUAUGCAUAGGUUUUAUAUAUGACUUUAUGCAUAUUCUGAAUUCUUGGAUAUAAAUGCAUGCAUUCUUAAUCUGUGUAAUUAUUAUUUUGUUUUUAAACUAUCCUCCUUCUAGUACCAUCUCCUGCACUGUUUUUUUUUUUUUUGUUUUUUUUUCUCUCUCUUCCCCCUCACUAAGUGAUCCUAACACAACAUAUUUACAACCCUCUAUGACAUGGGUUCCCAGCCUUUUUUCACUUGAGCACCCCUUGGCAGCCCAUUCCCAUAAAUUGUACCCCUCAUACAGGGAGUGCAGAAUUAUUAGGCAAAUGAGUAUUUUGACCACAUCAUCCUCUUUAUGCAUGUUGUCUUACUCCAAGCUGUAUAGGCUCGAAAGCCUACUACCAAUUAAGCAUAUUAGGUGAUGUGCAUCUCUGUAAUGAGAAGGGGUGUGGUCUAAUGACAUCAACACCCUAUAUCAGGUGUGCAUAAUUAUUAGGCAACUUCCUUUCCUUUGGCAAAAUGGGUCAAAAGAAGGACUUGACAGGCUCAGAAAAGUCAAAAAUAGUGAGAUAUCUUGCAGAGGGAUGCAGCACUCUUAAAAUUGCAAAGCUUCUGAAGCGUGAUCAUCGAACAAUCAAGCGUUUCAUUCAAAAUAGUCAACAGGGUCGCAAGAAGCGUGUGGAAAAACCAAGGCGCAAAAUAACUGCCCAUGAACUGAGAAAAGUCAAGCGUGCAGCUGCCACGAUGCCACUUGCCACCAGUUUGGCCAUAUUUCAGAGCUGCAACAUCACUGGAGUGCCCAAAAGCACAAGGUGUGCAAUACUCAGAGACAUGGCCAAGGUAAGAAAGGCUGAAAGACGACCACCACUGAACAAGACACACAAGCUGAAACGUCAAGACUGGGCCAAGAAAUAUCUCAAGACUGAUUUUUCUAAGGUUUUAUGGACUGAUGAAAUGAGAGUGAGUCUUGAUGGGCCAGAUGGAUGGGCCCGUGGCUGGAUUGGUAAAGGGCAGAGAGCUCCAGUCCGACUCAGACGCCAGCAAGGUGGAGGUGGAGUACUGGUUUGGGCUGGUAUCAUCAAAGAUGAGCUUGUGGGGCCUUUUCGGGUUGAGGAUGGAGUCAAGCUCAACUCCCAGUCCUACUGCCAGUUCCUGGAAGACACCUUCUUCAAGCAGUGGUACAGGAAGAAGUCUGCAUCCUUCAAGAAAAACAUGAUUUUCAUGCAGGACAAUGCUCCAUCACACGCGUCCAAGUACUCCACAGCGUGGCUGGCAAGAAAGGGUAUAAAAGAAGAAAAUCUAAUGACAUGGCCUCCUUGUUCACCUGAUCUGAACCCCAUUGAGAACCUGUGGUCCAUCAUCAAAUGUGAGAUUUACAAGGAGGGAAAACAGUACACCUCUCUGAACAGUGUCUGGGAGGCUGUGGUUGCUGCUGCACGCAAUGUUGAUGGUGAACAGAUCAAAACACUGACAGAAUCCAUGGAUGGCAGGCUUUUGAGUGUCCUUGCAAAGAAAGGUGGCUAUAUUGGUCACUGAUUUGUUUUUGUUUUGUUUUUGAAUGUCAGAAAUGUAUAUUUGUGAAUGUUGAGAUGUUAUAUUGGUUUCACUGGUAAUAAUAAAUAAUUGAAAUGGGUAUAUAUUUGUUUUUUGUUAAGUUGCCUAAUAAUUAUGCACAGUAAUAGUCACCUGCACACACAGAUAUCCCCCUAACAUAGCUAUAACUAAAAACAAACUAAAAACUACUUCCAAAAAUAUUCAGCUUUGAUAUUAAUGAGUUUUUUGGGUUCAUUGAGAACAUGGUUGUUGUUCAAUAAUAAAAUUAAUCCUCAAAAAUACAACUUGCCUAAUAAUUCUGCACUCCCUGUAUUAGCAAAUUGUUUGUAAUUAAUUUCAAAUUUAUAAGUUUCUCUUUGCCUCAGCUUCCAUGCUUCUCCGUUAUUCCCCUGCUUCUCCUCUACCCUAGACUCUCACUGCCCUCCCUUUGCCCCAGGUUCCCCUGCUCUUCGUCUGCCCAACAUACAGUUGCACUGACACAAAAAAAGAAAAACACACACUCUGACACACAUGCAUAUACAUAAACACACAUAUACAAUCACUGACAAAUUUACAGAGAGACACACAGAUACAAACACUGACACAGAUGUAGAUGUAAAGAUGCACAGAUGCACACACUGAUGCAUAUACAGUUGCAGAGACACACUGAUAUUCACACUAACACACAUGCAGAUAGGCAUUAAAAUACACUUACAGAUACACACUAACACACAUUAAAAUGUUCAGGCACACAGAUACAAAACAUUGAAACACGUGCAGACACACACUGACCCACGUAGAUAUACGGACACACUGAUUCACACAUGUUGAUACACUGACACACCUACAGAUGCUCAGACACACAGAUACACACACUGCAUACACAAUUAUACAGAUACACACACUGGCAUAAACCUAUAGACAUACAGAUACACAUACACAGAGAUACACAGAUUCAAACAUUCAGAUACAAACCCUACAUACAUACAUACACAGAAAACACACUUACAAGUUGUCACUUGACAAGUCAAGAUCCUCCCUUGCGGCUCAGAGUAUGUUUGAGCUGGGAGGAAGUGAGAGGCUCGCACUUCUUUAUGUGUUGUUUUUGUUGAGAAAUGCUUUAGACUUCAGAAAGGAAUGUUCUCCCAAAAGCUUGUCAUUCCAAAAUUGUUAGUCCAGUAAAAAAAGAGUAUUACAAAAUAAUUUUAUCUGUUAUUUAUGUAUCUUCUCUGUUCUAGUGAGCUGAACUAUUUAUAUUUUCAUUUUGCUUCAGUGAAUUUACAGUUUUUUUUCUAUUUUUGGGUUUGAUUUUUUUUUUUUUUUUUGUCCUUUUCUAUGUACUGCUGGAAAUAAGCGGAGAUAUUCCUGAGAGUUACAUGUAUAUUAGUUUGUAUUUGUGUUUCAAUAUUUUUUCUUUUCUUUUUCUAAUUCUUUUUAUUUUAGCUGUGCUAGUUGCAUACAAAUUUGGAUAUUUGUGGGGUGGGUUUCCGCACAUUUUAUUUUCCAAUUUUGUUCAGGCUGGCAAGUUGCAUGAACAUAGGUCGUCUAUAGAAAGCCUUAUUCUUCUUUUUUAAACAUUAUACAAUGUGCAUAGGUGCCCUAAAACUCAAAUAUUAUUUAUUUACAGGGCCACUAAAGUAACCAAAACAACUUUAGCUUAACCCCUUUGUGAUGUUAGGGCAGCUAAGCCGUCCUAUAUAAGAUAUAAAUAAACUUUGAAUUAAAAUGAGAUAUAUAAAAUUAUUUCUCAUUUUUAUAAAUAUAUUUAUAUAUACAUGGGGAAAAAAAGAAGAGUGCACUCAGGGGUGCUUAAUGCUUUUUAUUCAGUACAUUUAAAAGUUGACUUUUAUCAAGACCAUGGGGACUGAAACGUUGAUUUUUCAAUGUGCUGAAUAAAAACUUUAUUUUCUUACCAGACUCCUGAGUACACUCUUCUUGUUUUCAUACAUUUCGGCUGGCGUUGGCACCCGGGCAGUUACAAGACCGGGGAACUUGAGUGCUGAAAACGUGGAUUUGUGAUAGAAAUCUAUCUAUUAUAUAUAUAUAAUAUAAUAUAAUCUAUCACUCACAGGUCUUCAUCCAAAGUCUGGUUUAUUCUUUAGUGCAAAUCUUUAAACAAUCGACGUUUCGACCCUCACAGGGUCUUCUUCAAGAUCAAGUGAAUAAACCAGACUUUGGAUGAAGACCUGUGAGUGCUCCUUAUAUAUUGAUUUUUCGUUAUAUGCCAAACGCUGAGGAUUGCACCCAACAAGAUUUGAAUUUUUUGAAACCGUAAGAGUGAGUGCCAAGAGUCCUAUAUAUAUAUAUAUAUAUAUAUAUAUAUAUAUAUAUAUAUAUAUUUAUUUUUUAUUUUUUUAUAAUUCUUUAUUUUUGGUGCGUAGCGAAUCAUACAGGAGCUCGCCUUGUCACAACAACAAGUACGGGCACAUUCGUGAUAGUACUUUAUAACAUUUAUCACACAGUGCAUGAAGUUUGCAAGAAACUAGUACAACAUUACAGACAUUACACACAUUUUUUAUAAAUGUAGUAGGGUUGUAGCCCCGGUUGAGGAGUCGGUGCAUAGUAACGUAUUUAGGUUGUGUGAUGGUAAUCCUCUACCAGGUCGAUGUGAGGCAGUAUGUGUGGGCUAGUUAAAGUGAGUGGAUGCAGAGUUUUAACAUACUGAGUGUUUGUUAGUAACGAGUGAGUGACGUGAGGGUGGUUGUAGAGUGUUGGUUUGUAGCUGCGUGGCUCAUGAGGGUUGAGUGUGAGGUAUUCGUUGGGUAGCCGGAGUAGUGGAGUAGGUGGUGUCAGGCGGGCUAUGUGGUUCCCAAAAGAGGUACAUGCCCCUAACCAAGGGGGCGUCGGGGGGGGUUGUACACCUCUGGUGGGUGUGCCUAGUGUGUAUGUACCUUCGAGACAGGGCUUAAGCUGCUCCCAGUAGGGCCUGGCCAUGGAAGGUAUGAGAACCAAAAGGGUAACAUGUUAGUAUUGUGGAACAGAGAACUAAAGCGGAAAGUACAGAUAUAUAACAUAGAUUAACUGUUGCAGAUUGCUUCCCAACGUGGGGCGGUGUCUUCUCCCUUAUCAGUCAGGUGGCUGGUGUGGGUUUUGGCGUGCUUCUUGGCACAAAUGGUACUGUUGCUUCUGGGUCCCAGGCUUGGGUAGGAGGUGUAGUAGAGGUGGUCGGUGUGGCGUCUGGAAGGCCCAGAGCCUGGAGCAGCGCUCCUGCUUCCGAUUCAGCUGAGAGCUUGUGAACAGUUCCAUUAUGGGAUACAAGAAGGGAUCUCGGUGUCCCCCAUCUGUAUGCUACUCCCGCUGAGCGUAGGUGGCUAGUGAGGGGUGCCAACGAUUUGCGCCAUUGUAGCGUGGCCUUGGUGAGAUCCUGGUAGAAUGUUAGAUGCGAGUUUUCGAAUGACAUUGGGGUCUUGCCCUUCACUGCUGUCAUGAUGUAGCUUUUGUCUUGGGGUGACAAGCACUGAAUAAUUACAUCGCCCGUGAUUGGGGUCGAGGUCUUGGUGAUGGUAGGUAGGCGGUACAGUCCAGCCAUGGUGAACUUUUUGGCUAGGGCCGCAGGUAAUAGCGUGGCAAUAAGCCUCCUCAUGUAGUGGGGUAAUUCCUCCAUUGUUAUCGUGGGGGGUACCCCUCUGACUUUAACAUUGUUGCGGCGGUGCCUAUCUUCCUGCGCGAUUAGUUGUAGCGCCAUGUUGUGCUGUGCAGUUUGGAAUUGGUGCAUUGUGCUUUGCAUUUCUGUUAGUUCACCGCGUAUUUUUCCCAUGUCCCCUUCUGCAGCAGUCGUCCUCUCACUGAUCUGUCUCAUGCUUGAUUUUAGGGUAGCCAUGUCUGCAGUGAGGAGCCUCUGUAUUUCUAGCAGUGUAUUCUGCAUGUUAUGUAGGUCCUGCUUAGUGGCAGGGGCUGUCCCCCCAGGGAUGUCUGUGGAGAUAGUCUGUGCUUCCCCUUGUGUUCCUGGCAUCGGGCUGGGGGUCAGAUUUGGCACAUCUGGGGUUGUUGGGAGGUGUGGGCCUUCAGGGCCGUCUGUGGUCGCCAUUUUGGUCGGUACUUGCCUCAUGAAAGUGCCGAUGUCCCGCUGCUCCGUGUUGUUGCCAGGCUGUGGCUUCUGGGAUCUGCGUCCCAUUGCUGGAGGUUGGUGUGUGUGUGCAGGGAUGCGGCAGUCAGGCGUCUCAGCAGCACUGUACAGGCUCCGGUUGCUGAGGAGCCCCUCGAGGUAAGCGGGCGCCUGUGGGAAGUAGGCCCCAGACUUGCGUUUCAGCUUCCCCUGUUGUGGGGAGUAUAGGAACGGCAUCAAUGGGUGCUGCGGAUGAUCCCCAGUCCGUUCUUGCAGGUAUUGGAGCGGGAUGGGUCCGAUAAGCAGGGGGAUUGUGUUGGAUUUCGCUGCUUUGUCGGGAGCUACCAGAAAUGGCGUCUCUCCUGUCUCGCGGUUAGGCUCCGCCCCUAUAUAUAUAUAUAUAUAUAUAUAUAUAUAUAUAUAUAUAUAUAUAUAUAUAUAUAUAUAUAUAUAUAUAUAUAUAUUUUUUUUUUUUUUUUUUUUUUUAUGUAUAUGUUGUUUUGGUUUUUUUUAAGUGUAUUUUUAUAUAAUUAUAUAUUGGUGGUUCUGCCUGACAACCCAGGUAUUAAUUCAAGAGAAUUUAAUUUGCAAUCCCUUUAUUUGAACCUGUUACUUUCCAAAACCCCAUAAAACCUGUACACGGGUGGUAAUGUUGUACUUGUGAGACAUUGCUAAACACCAUUAUGAGUAUUUUAGAGCAGUAAAAGGGCAGUUUUUUUGUGCAAAAUGCAAAAAAAACAUGAAAACUAACUUUUGUAAAGAGGUGUGACUGGGGCUGCAUGGACAGAAACAAAAGUGAUUUAACUCCUAAAUGGCAGGUAAUUGAGCUGUGAAACUGCAGGAACAUGAUCUAUUCUAUACACUAAAACAGCUUCAUUAAAAGUUGUUUUGGUGACUUAUCUUCACUCUAAAAUUUGUUUUACAGAUCUUUGUGUCCAAGUGUUGGGAAAAAAAAAAAAUAUAUAUAUAUAUAUAUAUUUUUUUUUUUUUUUAAUGGGAUAUAAGUAAAAAUGUCUUUUUUUUUUCCCCUUAAAUAAUCAAUUCUAAGUAUGGACUCAAAUAAGGGAAGAACGGAUAUAUGAUUGACAGACCAAUUUUAAGUUACAUUUUUAGAGUACCUAAGAGCCAGAAUUGGACUGAAUGCAUAUUAUUAAAUGGCAAGCAAUUAGUUUGCAUGACUCAUCAGUUUGCACAUUGUGAGGUUUUUCAUCUUUGGGGUACCAAAUAUAUUAUCACAGGGCGUAUACUAAAAUUUCAACAGAUAUAUGUAAGCUACUCACGCACUCUCUCGUACCUCCACAGUUCAAGAUAUUGUGUUCCAGCUCCAACGCUUUGUCUCUGCCAUGUCCAAAUAUGAUGACCAGUGCUUUGAAGUCCUGAAAGAGGCAGAUAUUUUCCCUAUUGAGGUGGAUCUGGCUCGCACUACCCUCUCUUAUGGCCAGGUUAAUUCAAUUACAGAUGAAGCUGAUGAAGACGACCUUGAGAAGAUGACAGAGGCAGAGAAUGGGGAGAAACUUAUUAAUGACCAAUGACUUCAAAUGUUGUUUUUUAUAUAUAGAAAGAUUUGAACUGUAUUUAUUAAUCUUCUUUGCUCAUAUGUACAUUGUAUCACUUCAACACUGGAGUAAUGCGUAUAUAAUAUGUCUAGUUAAUGUUUUUAUUCUUAACUGUUGCAGGAGAUGCCGCUGUUCACUGCAAAUGUAAAAAUAAAUUUCAAUGCACUUAAUGAUUAUAAUCUGAGUCUUGUUUUGCUACUCAACGAUAAGUUAUUUUGUAGUAAAAACAGAUAAUGGAAAAAAACAUUUCCCUCUGUAAAACAAAAAAACAAACCGAAAAUAUGUAUUGUUUCUUAGAGCAUUAAAACCUUCACAUGUAAAACCA